AAUUCCUUUCAUUUUGUUAACUCAUCUCUGACUUGCAAUCUCGUCACUUGACACUUGUUCCAUCUUGUGAUCAUGGCAGCAACAUUGGUUGGUGGAGCUUUCCUUGGUGCAUUUCUUAAUGUUGUCUUCGACAGGCUUGAUUCACCUCUUGUUGUCAACUUCAUCCGAGGGAAGAAGCUUGGCCCUUUACUUGAAAGGUUGAAGACAACUCUCAAAGUGGUCAGAGCUGUGCUCAAUGAUGCUGAGAAGAAACAGAUUACAGACUCUGAUGUUAAAGACUGGCCCAGUGAACUCAAACAUGUUGUCUACAUGGCUGAUGACUUGUUGGAUGAAGUUUCUACCAAAGCUGCUACUGCAACUCAAAAGGAGGUAACUACUAACUUCAUCUCUCGCUUUUUCAAUGCACAAGAUGGGGAUAUGGCUAGUAGGUUGAAGAAAAUAGUUGAUAAACUAGAGCAUAUAUUAAAACUAAAAGAGAGUCUUGAUCUCAGAGAGAUUGCAAUGGAGAGUUCAUCAUGUAGAAUUCCAUCAACAUCUGUGCAAGAUGAAUGUGUGUAUGGAAGGGAUGGAGACAAGAAAACUAUAAUCAAGUUAUUGUUAGAUGAUAAUAAUGAAAAAGUAUCUGUUAUCCCUAUUGUGGGAAUGGGUGGAGUCGGAAAGACAACUCUAGCCCAAAUGUUGUACAAUGAUGACAAUUUGAAUCAAAAUUUUAAUUUUGAUUCCAAAGCAUGGGUUUGUGUUUCUGAAGCAUUUGAUAUCGUGAGGGUUACGAAAACUUUAACAGAGGCACUUACUCAACAAGCUUGUCAAAUCAAUGAUUUUAAUUCACUUCAGGAGAAGUUGGUGGAAAAGCUAAAGGGGAAAAAAUUCUUCAUUAUAUUGGAUGAUGUUUGGAUUGAAGAUUAUGACAGUUGGAACCUUCUUAAAAAACCUUUUCAAUAUGGGAUGAGGGGAAGUAAAAUUCUUGUAACAACCCGUAGUGAAAAUGUUGCUCCCAUUGUCCAAACUGUUCAUACUUACCAUUUAAACCAACUAUCAGAUGAACAUUGUUGGUCGGUGUUUGAAAACCAUGCAUGUCUUUCUCAAGGAUCUGGUGAGAAUGCAACAGCUCUAGAGAAAAUUGGCUUGGAGAUUGUUAAGAAGUGUAAGGGACUUCCUUUAGCUGCACAAUCACUCGGAGGUUUAUUGAGAAGAAAGCGUGAUAUUAGGGAUUGGAAUAAUGUACUGUAUAGUGACAUUUGGGAAUUACCUGACAGUGGAAGUAAGAUUAUUCCAUCAUUGAGAAUCAGUUAUCAUUAUCUCCCUCCUUAUUUGAAACGUUGCUUUGUUUAUUGUUCGUUAUAUCCCAAAGAUUAUAAAUUAAGAAAAAAAGAUUUAAUCUUGUUAUGGAUGGCUGAAGAUCUUUUAGAACCACCAAGAAAAGGGAAGACUUUCGAAGAAGUUGGUGAUCAGUAUUUUGAUUAUUUAGUUUCGAGGUCAUUUAUUCAACACUCGGGUACUGAAUGGAAUGAGGAGAUUUUUGGGAUGCAUGAUCUCAUGCAUGAUUUGGCAACAUUUCUUGGUGGGGAAUUCUACUUUCAAUCAGAUAAACUUGGGGAAGAAACUACAAUCGGUAGCAAAACUCGCCAUUUGUCAUUCAUCGAUUUUGGUAGUCCCAGGUUGGAGAAUGUUGGAGUAAUCAGUAGUGCUAAAUUCCUAAGAACACUUUUGAGAACGGAGCAUGAAUUUCCUCAUUUUUUGAAUGAUGAGGUACCGUGUACUGAGCUGUUGAAUCUUGAGUACUUGAGAGUUUUAUCAUUUCGUUGCUUUCGGAAGAUCAUUACAUUGCAUGAUUCUAUAGGUGGAAUGAUCCAUUUGCGUUAUUUGGAUCUCUCCAGGACAGGAAUAGAGUUACUGCCGGAGUCAUUGUGUAAUUUGACUAAUCUGCGAACGUUGAAGCUGGAAUAUUGUGCUAACCUGACUAUGCUACCUAGUGGGAUGCAAAAUCUUGUGAACUUGCACUAUCUUGGUAUUGAUGGAACUCGUAAUAUAGAGGAGAUGCCGAAAGGAAUGGGCAAAUUAAAGCAGUUGCAGCAUUUACCUUACUUCAUUGUGGGUAAGCAUGAAGAAGUCAAGAUCAAAGAACUAGGAGGACUUUCGAAUCUUGGUGGAUCGUUUAGAAUUAUGAAACUGGAGAAUGUUGAGAAUAGUAGUGGAGCGUUGGAGGCAAGAAUGAUGGAUAAGAAGUACAUUCAGCAUUUAGAAUUAUGUUGGUCUUGGUCCGAUGAGGGUUGUAAGGAUUCCCAAAUGGAAAUGCAUAUACUUUGCAAUUUAGAGCCUCACUGUGACCUUCAAUCCCUAAAGAUAUUCGGGUAUAGGGGUACCAGAUAUCCGGAUUGGGUUGGAAAGCCGUGCUACCACAAUAUGACUAGUAUAACGCUGUAUGGUUGCAAGAAUUGUUUUACGCUCCCUUCACUUGGACAUCUGCCAUCUCUCAAGCACCUGAAUAUUUAUAAUUUCAACAUGUUAGAGACUGUUGAUGACAGUGUUUUCAACAAUAAUGGUGGCGGCUCUUUGUUGACAGUACCCUUUCCCUCACUUGAAUCUCUUGAAUUUAAGAAGAUGCCUUGUUGGGAGGUGUGGAAUUGUUUUGAGCAGUCACGUGCUUUUCCUCGACUUAAGCAUCUGAGAAUAGAAGAUUGUCCAAAAUUGAAGGGAGAUUUGCCAAGUGACCUCCCUGCUCUAGAAGAACUUGAGAUAGAAGACUGUGAGCAACUAGCCUGUUCUCUUCCAAGGGCUUCCACUAUGCUGCGCCGACUAAAGAUUGUUACAGCCAAUAAAGUAGUAUUGCAAGAGUUACCAUUUGUAAUACAAUGUUUAACAAUUGAAGCAAGCCCUAUGGUGACGGAAUCCGCAUUUGAGGUCUUCAUGAACAAGCCACCAACUUGUCUCCAAUCUUUAAAAUUAAUGGACUGCUCGUCUGCCAUGUCAUUUCCGGGUGAUUGUUUACCUGCCUCUCUAAAGACUCUUGAAAUUAAGGAUUUUAGAAAACUAGAAUUCCCUCAGCAGCAACAGACACACGAGUCACUAGAAACACUGGAAAUACACUGCAGCUGCUGCUCGCUCACGUCUCUGGCACUGGAUACUUUUCCAAAUCUCAAAGAACUAUCCAUCUUAGACUGUGAAAAUUUGGAAUCUCUUUUGGUGUCACAAUCAGGAGAUGGAGAUGUCGCUCUUCAAAAUCUGACUUCUCUUGAGAUCAAAGAUUGCCCGAAUUUAGUAUCAUUGGCAAGAGAAGGAUUGGCGGCUCCCAACUUGAUUGAAUUCUCCGUUUCUGAUUGCGACAAGUUAGAGUCAUUGCCUCGUCGGAUGAAUACUCUUCUCCCAAACUUGGAACUUCUAAAGAUACGUAACUGCCCAAGAAUUGAGUCGUUUCCUGAACAAGGUAUGCCGCCUAGCUUGAGAACAAUUGUUAUCACUUAUUGUGAGAAACUACUGAGCGGCCUAUCAUCCAUGGACAUGCUUACUGAUGUCUGUAUUCAUGGUUCAUGUGAUGGGAUCAAGUCCAUCCCAAAAGAGGGUUUGCUGCCUCCCUCCCUUCAGAGACUAUAUCUGAUUGGAUUGUCAAGUCUGGAGACGUUUGAUUGCAAGGGGCUUCUGCACCUCACCUCCCUCGGACUUUUAAGAAUAAGGAAUUGUCCAAAGCUGGAGAAAAUGGCUGGAGAAAGGCUACCUGCUUCUCUAACUGAACUUGGCAUCUAUGAAUGCCCUUUGCUGAUAAAACAGUGCUGCAUGGAGCACCCUCAAAUUUGGCACAAAAUUUCCCACAUCCACCACAUUGAGGUUGAUUUCAAAGUAAUUUCAUGACGCAGGCCGUGAUUAUCAACGGAUUGUUACGUGGCCAGUUGGUCGCACCAUUGAACUGCGCGGCCAGAACAAAGAUUUUUUGCUUACCAUCAUCAGGGAAUGAGCAUAUUUUCAAAGUAAAUACAACCGUUAAUCAAAUUGGACGAGUAGAUUUCUUCCCAUUCUCAAGAUUGGAAGAAGAAAAAUAAAAUACUGGUAUUCCUUUUACAAGAUCAUCAAAUACUUCAAUAGCAAGCAAAUUCUGUGAAACAAGAACAUUAUUAAUAUGUGGCUUUUUAUUUUAAAUUUCUCAGUGUACCAGAAAUCAACAGCCGUGCUUGUUUCUUCACAUUAUAUUAAUUCAGAAAGUGUAAUUGGGUGCAUACAGGGCCGGUCCCGACAUUUUGAAGGCCCUGGGUUAAUAAUAAAAAUGGACCCCUAAAUUUUUUUUUGGAGAAAGUUUAAUAGGUACACUAAACCAAAUAAAGGCCUUUUACAGCGCUUUGGACCUCUAGCCGCUGUAAAAUAGUAUACAGCAGUACAAAGCGCUGUAAAAGAUGGACUUUUUAAAGCGCUUUUUUAAAGAAAAACGCUGUAAAAAGUAUUCGAAUUUUUUUUUGAGGCUCCUUCUUUUUGGAGGCCCUGGGCUGUGGGCCUGCUUGCACAGGCCCAGGGCCGGCCCUGGGUGCAUAUUACUGUCGGCCUUAUUGAGGUUAGAAUGGAAUUUUGGAUUCUUGGUAUCUGGUUAUUUUUCAGCUAUGUUAUGGUUAAAUGGCCUGGAGAAGAUGCAUGUGCCCAUGGGUCUGAAAUUAACUUUGGACAGGAGCAGGGAGCUGAGGAGAGAUUUUGUUUUACUUGACAUGGAACAUUCUCAAUAGGUGAUUAUUUACUUGGGCGGCUUCUCAUUGGAUACCAAGUGAAGAGUAAACAGGUAUAGUAGGGCAGAGAUCAUCUAUGUGAUGUGGUGAUGAUUCCUAAAUUUCAGUGAGUUGUGCACUAUACUUCAACGGAUUUCUAAUGGAUCAGACUUCAGGGCACAGAUUGCUUGUACAUCAAAUUCUCUGUAGGAACAGAUAUCAUACCUAUAUGCUUGAACGUCUUUGCAGUAUGGCUUCAAUCUUCAUUGUCUGAUGUGAUUCCUAGCAAGUCAUUUUGGAUCUAAACGACAGCUCCGGAGGUUUGAAGGAUUCUUCUGAGCUUAUUUGUGAAAGGGAACCCAGAUUCGUAAGCAGCUGAAAAUUUCAACAUUGUACACUUUCUAUGAAAGCCUAGUUUAUGACUUUGCAAUGAUCCAUAAUGCACUGUUAUUCUUAUGACAGUCAUCAAACUUGUAGAAUUUAUUUUUGUAUUUGCUGGGACAAAGUCUCAAAUGUGUAUAUAAAAUAGGUCAUUGAUUCUGCUUCAAUUGAGAAAUACAUUAGUUUAUUGAUGCUUUCACACAGUCUGCAUAUUCUGUUGAAAUAAAACAAGACACCUGUUACAGAUUCUCUUUCUUUAACAAUAUUUAUUCUCAAAAACUUCAGUUUCCACUUUUUCACUUUUAGUUGGCACUUGGCUUAUUUGGGUAGCCAAAAUGUAGUUCUCUGGUUCAAUCACACGCUUUUCAUGCUGCAUAGCUUGAGCUAUGGAGCAAGGUGGCAUUUAAAUCCAAAGUGAAUGCAUAGUUAUGCAAAUAAUAAUUAU